AAAAUAAAGUAAACUAGAAAGAAGAACGAUAUCAAAGGGCGUGUUACAAACGAGAAAAGGGAGAAAGCAUGAAUAAGCGAAGGAAAUCAUGAAUAAUAUCUUGAGUGACUCCGAGAAUCGGGUGGUGCUCAAUGUCGGUGGUAUCCGACAUGAGGCUUACAAAGCGACGCUUAAGAAGAUUCCCGCCACUCGACUGUCGCGUCUCACCGAAGCACUCGCUAAUUAUGAUCCCGUGCUAAAUGAAUAUUUCUUCGAUCGUCAUCCGGGCGUGUUUGCACAAGUGCUCAAUUAUUAUAGAACGGGAAAGCUCCAUUAUCCAACUGAUGUGUGUGGACCGUUGUUUGAAGAAGAAUUGGAAUUUUGGGGAUUAGAUUCGAAUCAAGUGGAGCCUUGCUGUUGGAUGACGUACACUCAGCAUCGAGAUACACAGGAAACAUUGGCGGUGUUAGAGAGAUUAGAUUUAGAUACCGAAAAACCAACCGAGGAAGAAUUAGCUAGAAAAUUUGGUUACGAGGACGCAUAUGUGAAGGGGAAGGUUAAUUGGUGGCAGCAUUUGAAGCCGAAAUUAUGGUCCCUGAUGGAUGAGCCUUACAGCUCAAACGCUGCCAAGAUCGUUGGAAUAAUUUCCGUCUUCUUCAUUUGCGUAUCGAUUGUUUCAUUUUGUUUGAAAACCCAUCCGGAUAUGCGAGUUCCGGUUAUUCGAAAUAUCACAGUAAGAACGGCAGACAACGGCACAACUUGGACGUUAGACAAAACACAAACGAACGCACACGAGUUUUUCUUUUACAUAGAAUGCAUUUGUAAUGGUUGGUUUACAUUUGAGAUAUUGAUACGUUUCAUAUCGUCGCCAAGUAAAUGUGAGUUCGUUAUGUCCUUUGUAAACAUCAUUGAUUACAUUGCCACAGCAAGUUUUUUCGUUGAUCUGGGAUUACAGAAAUUCGCCUCACACCUAGAGAACGCUGACAUUCUCGAGUUCUUCUCAAUCAUACGUAUCAUGCGAUUAUUUAAGCUCACGAGGCACUCGUCGGGGUUGAAAAUUCUUGUUCAAACAUUCAGAGCAUCGGCAAAAGAAUUGACAUUGCUUGUGUUCUUCUUAGUGUUAGGUAUCGUCAUAUUCGCGAGUCUCGUCUAUUAUGCGGAGAGAAUUCAGAUAAAUCCAAACAAUGAUUUCCAAAGCAUACCACUAGGGCUGUGGUGGGCGUUGGUGACGAUGACAACAGUCGGAUACGGUGAUAUGACGCCUAAGACAUACAUCGGAAUGUUUGUUGGUGCACUGUGUGCAUUAGCAGGUGUAUUGACGAUUGCAUUACCCGUGCCCGUCAUUGUUAGCAACUUCACAAUGUAUUAUUCGCAUACACAAGCACGAGCGAAACUCCCGAAGAAGAGACGAAGAGUUAUCCCAGUCGAACAACUCGUACGACCACAUCAGGCACCGACGAUGAAAGGCGAAGGUGGACCAAAUCUCUCAGCCUCGGGAGCGGCAAGACCUAAAUCUAAAGAUCUAAUCGGCGCUAAAAUCGGAAAUAUUCCAUUAGGAACCAGCAUUAUGGCUUUGUGUCCACAAACGAUGCAACUACAUAAGAACCUCACAACUCAAAGCAUGUGUAAACCUUCAUUUGAAUCAAACUUUGGACCACCAAUUGUAGCAAGUAAUGUUGAGAAUAAAACUGAUGAGAAAUGUUUUUUACAGAAAGGGUUUAACGCUUGUUAAGAAAUCUUAUUUGGAUUAAAAUUUCGUUUACAAGUUCAGUUAUUUAAGAUGAAACUUAGUGAAGAAUAAAAAAAAAGUUUUGUCGACUCGUCUUGUCCAUUUCGGGAAACUAAAAGAGAUUUAAAUGAGAAUUAAAACUUUUGUUCAUUGUUUGUCAAAAUGUUAAGCUUUUAUUGCUUCAAAUAUUGAAAGCUCUCGUUUGUGUGAGAAUGAAAUUUAAUAAUUAAAGUCAACAUUCGAUUCGACACAUUAAAUAUCUAUUUUUCUUAUCUAAACAGUUUAGCAUCUGUUUUACAACAUGAAUAUAUUAUGUAACGAAAACUACAAAUAUUUAAGUACAAUAUUAUCAAGAAACUUUCUUCUCAUGCUUUUCUUCUUAUUCUUACAACAUAAAUGCAUAGGUUUGAUGAAAUUAAUCAUGUUCAAUCAUUUAUAAUACUUAUACCUUGUUAUGAAUGAUAUCAUUGAAGCCCUUUGAGGGCAAGAUGAUACGCGAAUUAUUUAUUGGACUAUCGGGACAAUUAUAUGUGAUUAAGAAUAACCAAUAAUACAUGAUCGAAUGAGAACAGUAAAGUUAAUGUAUGUAACGGAU